AUGAAGCACAACGUCGCCGUGGUGUCGUCCAUAGGCAUGUACCUGCUGUCCUCCGUGACGUCCGUUUUCGUGAACAAGUAUGUGCUGAUGGAGGGGUCCGUGGACACGGUGCUGUUGAUAUUUAUCCAACACCUGUCAUGUCUGCUGCCCCUACAUAUAUUUAAGAGCUACCUUAUGGGGACCCAGGACAAGAAAGGAGUUCAGGAGCACAUGGGAUCCCUCUAUGAAGGACUCAAACAAAUGUGGCUGAUAAUCGCCUCCUUUAAUUUUACUUUAAUAUUUGGGAACACAUGCUUGAAGUACACCAAUAUAUCCUCCUACCAGCUAGCUAGAUCCAUGACGUUGCCUUUUAAUUUCCUGUUUUCCUAUUUUUUUUUUAAGCAAAUAAAUUUUACCUUCCUGAUGAUAUUUGCCUGCAUGUUGGUUUCGGCUGGCUUCUUCGUCUUUUCCGUGGACGCCGUCAGCACCAACUUCCAUUCGGUUCUCUAUGGCACCACCGUCUCCAUCGUCCAAGCAAUCCACCUGAACCUCCUAAAGAAAAAAUUAAUGGUUUAUCAAAACAAAACGGUCAUGCUUUAUUACAAUAUUUUGUACUCCUCCAUUAUUUUAUUUAUUUAUUUGUCCAUAACAGGAGAGUUUUUCUCCAUUUUUCGCUGGAGCCAUCGUGUUUGUUUUUAUCUAGCUUUGUCAUGUAUUUCCUCCAUCUUCGUGACAUUUUCUUCCUUCCUGUGCAUUCACUACACGGACAACGUCGUCUAUAACAUGUUUGGGAAUGUAAAGUCCACCCUGCAGACAUUUAUAAGUAAAUUUUAUCACUCGGAGGAGCUAAACGUGUACACGCUGGUGGGCAUUCUGUUGACCACCCUGGGGUCUUUCCUGUACACCUAUUCGAGUGAGUACGCAAGGAAGCAGAAGGUCGGGUGA